AUGAUUAAGGGAGAGCUGAAGAGUGAGAUUGUUUCACUAUUAGAUGGUGAUCCAUUUGAAGGAUUAGAUGCAGGGGAUGGCGUAAAGAGGGCAGGAAAGAAAUAUUUUCUGCCCGGAGAAUCGUUCAAGAGCUGGAGCAAUUAUGGAAAAGCUCUUUACCAAACACCCCGACGUUUCAAAGACCGUGCGCUUUCAAGGGCUGACGAGAUGAAAGAGGUGGGAGAGAUCAGAAAGAGGAGUGGGAAUGAUAUGAAGAGGACCCUCAACUGGUGGGAUUUAAUCUGGUUUGGAUUCGGUGGGGUGAUCGGAACAGGGAUUUUUGUGCUCACUGGACAAGAAGCCCACAAGGACGCAGGCCCUGCUAUUGUUCUUUCCUAUGCUCUCUAGGGAUUCUCUGUCAUGCUUUCUGUCUUUUGUUUCACCGAAUUCGCAGUCGAGAUUCCUGUAGCAGGUAAUUUGUAAUCCCAUUCACACCCCAGAAUUCUAUUUCAAUUUGGAUGUUCAGUAAUUUAAGAUCUUAUCAAAAAUGGGACAGAGGACAAAGGGAUGAUAAACAUUGGUCGAUUAAAUUUGAUUAUUUAGAUUUCCGCUAGUGCUAGUUAAUUGCCCAUUUCGAUUAGUUGAUCAAUUUUCAGUGUCGAUACAAUUUUUUCUAAAUGUAUAUAAUUUACCAGAAAUUCUCAAUUUCCACCUGUUAAUUUCUUACUCA